CAUGCGCGGGGCGACAGUGGCUUGUGAAACCGGGUGCUGUGCUGACAGGGCCGCAGCCAUCCCCGGCCUAGCGUGGGGGCUCGAACUCGGACCUGCAACUUCCGUGCCCCGCGUGCGCUCAGUUCUUUUCCGGUGCAGCCGCCGCCGCCGCCGCCAACAUGUUUCUCACUCGCUCGGAGUACGACAGGGGUGUGAACACUUUUUCUCCAGAGGGAAGAUUAUUCCAGGUGGAAUAUGCCAUUGAAGCUAUAAAGCUUGGUUCCACAGCGAUUGGAAUUCAGACAGCAGAAGGGGUUUGCUUGGCUGUGGAGAAGAGGAUCACCUCUCCACUUAUGGAACCCAGCAGUAUUGAGAAAAUUGUAGAAAUAGAUGCUCAUAUAGGUUGUGCAAUGAGCGGUUUAAUAGCUGAUGCAAAGACAUUAAUUGACAAAGCAAGAGUUGAGACACAGAAUCACUGGUUUACAUACAAUGAAAUCAUGACUGUAGAGAGUGUGACACAGGCCGUGUCCAACUUAGCAUUACAGUUUGGAGAAGAAGAUGCUGAUCCAGGUGCUAUGUCAAGGCCAUUUGGUGUGGCACUACUCUUUGGAGGAGUUGAUGAAAAGGGACCACAGCUGUUUCACAUGGACCCUUCUGGGACGUUUGUACAGUGUGAUGCAAGAGCAAUUGGAUCAGCUUCAGAAGGUGCACAAAGCUCUCUGCAAGAAGUUUACCACAAGUCAAUGACACUGAAAGAAGCAAUCAAGUCAUCCCUUGUCAUUUUAAAACAAGUUAUGGAGGAGAAACUGAAUGCAACUAACAUUGAGCUUGCAACAGUGCAGCCUGGGAAGAAGUUCCACAUGUACACAAAAGAAGAACUUGAAGAUGUCAUCAAAGAUAUUUGAUGAGGGAGAGAACCUCUCCAAAUGCCUCAUUCCCUGAUCACAGCAAACUGAUUCUUCAGUUUUUUUCCAGUGCCCGUAACUUUAUUUCAGCAGCAAGUAUGCCUGCUCUUAAACAAAGGCUCAAAAUAUUUUUUACAGUUUCUGUACAUAUAAAAGAUCUUCAGUAAGAGGAAACUAGAAUAAAUCAUUUUGUUACUCUUA